AUGACUACGGUCAGUGGAGCUGAAGAUGCAAGAACGGCACAGAAACAAUCAUCUCCUCAUCAUGCAAAACGACACAACUAUAAUGAAGCCGAGGGAACUGGGUUUAGCGGCAUUCUUCAGAAAUGUCCGCCGCCUCUUCCUCCUGCAUUCCUGCGAAAAAUGGAUUGCAAAGAAAAUGGAGUAGGAAAGGUGAAGGUGAUAUUACGAAUUUCCAACCCGGCAUUCGCUGCGUCGCCUCCAGACGCCGAGAGACACAACAAUUUUCUAGCUUUGGACAAACGAAAGAAGCAAGUAACAUUAAUAGAUCCUGCCGUUUGUAAUGGGCUAACUCCAGAAGACAGGAGGGUAGGCGUGGCGGCUCCUAAAAUGUUUGCCUUCGAUGCUAUUUUCUCGCAAGACGAUUCACAGACCGAAAUAUGUGCCGGUGUUCUUACAGAAGUUAUCCAUGCCGUUAUUAACGGUACCGAUGGUUGUCUAUUUUCAUUUGGUCAAGUUGGUUUAGGUAAAUCUUAUACAAUGCUGGGUAAUCCGGAGAGUACUGGUACUAUCGGUAUUAUACCAUGCGCAAUUUCGUGGCUCUUUAAGGGAAUUUGUGAACAAAAACAGAAAACCGGUGCCAGGUUUUCAGUACGAGUGUCCGCCAUCGAAAUCGGUGGUCCAACGAACCAAUUCAAAGAUCUAUUAGUAGGAUAUUCUAACGAAUCCGAACAAUCCCCCGGAGUCUACUUACAAGACGACCACCUAUUUGCCAACCAAUCCCCUCCGCAUUGUGAACUUCGAGUACCGAACGCCGAAAAGGCCGCUUACUAUUUAGAUGCGGCUUUAGAUUGCAGAAACUAUACCAAAGAACAAAUGCGGGAUUCUCAUUUUCUGUACACCCUUCACAUCUAUCAGUAUAGCGUCGCGGGAAAAGGAGGAGUUGCAGGAGGUAGGAGUCGUCUUCAUUUAAUCGACCUAGGAAACGCUGAUCGGAGCAGAACCAGCGGAGGAAUACCCCUUUCUGGCGUAGGAAAUAUAAUCCUCUCCAUUCUUAAUGGGCAAAAACAUUUGCCUUACAAAGAUAACAAGUUGACGCAAUUAUUGAAAGAAUGCCUUGGAUCUGUUACAUGCCAUACUACAAUGAUCGCCCACGUUUCGCCUUACGCCCAAUACUAUUUAGAUACCCUUACUACAGUGCAAUUAGCUUCUCGAAUACAUCGAAUGAGACGAAGGAGAUUGAAAGUGUUUGCGACUGGUAUUAGUAAUAGUUCGGGAGGAAGUUCCGGAGAAGACGCAUCUAGAAACGGCACCGGCAGCGAACCAGAUCCUUCCAGCAGCGAUUUGUCUGCGGACACUGUGAUAUACGUAGGAAGAGCUGAAGAAGCGACAGACGGUGAACAUCCUCCCGUGUACAUACCUAGCCUCAAUUCCGGAGACAACAGGUGUUCUAAUAUGAGCAAAAUUUUGAAAGGUUCCAUAAGCGAGCACAAAGUCACGCAAACAUCCAGGAUAACUAAGCCAGUAGAUAAAACAAUCCGCUCUCCAAAAUCCACCCACAGGUCAUCGACCCACGGUAGCAGUUCAUCGAGAUCCCCGAUCAGGAAAGAUUCGUCCAAAUACAAAGUUGAUGCAACGAAGUACUUUUCCAGCGACCGCAGCGAUGAGCAAUGGAUCGACGGGCCUCGCAUUUCGAAAUCCAAGAUCGCCGAGGCGUUUCAGUUGAUGAAGGAAAAAUAUCGGGUUCGCAAGUGCGAAACCUGGAUAGACGGGCCUAUGAAGGAAGAGUUGAACACGGCUUACGGUUACAUGGAUAAUCAUAAGAAGCACAUGAUCAAGAAAUGGGUGGAACAUCAGUCGGUCCAAUAUCAAAAGGCGAAGCAAGUAGUUCCUAAAGUUGCGAAGGUGGUUUCACAGAAGGAUUAUGUUAGAGAAAAUAAUUUUGUCAAACAGAAAGAUGAAACUACUAUUUCUGAUAAUUUGUGUAAGAAACGAUAUUCAGAUAAAUAUGGAAAAACGAAAGGUACCCUAACGGAUGAAGACAAUGAAGAUGAGGAAGAGCCUGAAUUGCCUCCAGCUUUGCCACUUAUACAACCUCUGAGCAGCAGAGAAGUGUCUAUUGAAAGCUUAGAUCAAAUUCUAAGAGAACGAUUGCUUUCUUCUACUGAAUAUGAAUUUAACGACCAAUGCUCUAAUAAUUAUGCAGAGAAUGAAGUUAUGGAGUUAAUUGAAGUAGAAGAACCUUCAGAACCUGUACCUAUGCAAGACCAGUGUUUACAAGUAACAGAAGAAGAUAUUAAUAGUUGUAUGGGACAAACGGAAAACCCUUUGCCAGAAGUUGACCAGCAAUCCUUGCUAGGGAAUUCUUUAAGGUGCCUCAGCGAAGAAAAUCUAAGCGGAAAUUCUUCGUUCGCAGAUUCCGUAUCAAUUUUCAACGAAUUGGAGAGAAUUUUACCCCGUGGCCUGGACUUAAAUACUUUUUUUAACGAUUACGAGGACAUCGACAACAAUUUCGACGCACAAAUCUUCGGCGACAUUCAAAAAAUCAACGAUCCGAUUAAUCACAAACUCUUCUGCACGGGCGCCGGAAAAUCCGAAUACGCCGACUUGGAAUCGCCGAAAGACAACUACCUAAUCAAAAGUUACAAAUCGAUGACGCUAACGGACAUUCUAUGCGAUCAACAGAAGCAGCGCCAUGACGACAGCAGCAUCUACAGCGAACCGAUUUAUCUUCAAGAAAGGUUUUGUGAGAACUGCAAAGCGAACAUGUCGAGAUCGAACGCCCUGUUGAAUGAGUACAGGCCGUUUUUCAGCGUCGCUUACAACGCGUACGAAGGAAGUCUAUUAGAAAAUGAUGAAAGAUUUCAGAGAUUUAACCACAUGCAGAGAGAAUUAUCUGAGCUGCGCCAGCCUGACGGUGCUUCCAAUCCCCAUUUAGAAGAAGAAAACGAAAGGCAUCCGGGAAACGGUGCUUGUUCUGGUGAUACAACGUCCGAUUUCGGCAAAUCCGAGUCGUUGGUGGAACGCUUGUACCGGAGUCGGCAGGACGAGACGAAUUUUGCGACCGGAAUCGAGGCUAUUAAACUGAAACACAAGCAUUUGCACAAAUCCGAAGAUGACAGUUUGGCCACGAAGGGCUACAAUUCCAGCCCUUCGACAUCGUUCAAACGAGUCGAACCUGUAACUGAAAUUAGUACAAACAGUGGGGAUGUUUCCUAUUCCAAAUCCGAAUCUGGUGAUAUUUCAAUUUCGCAUACUCGCAGAAAAUGCAAACACAAUCACAACAAAUCGUUUUGUUCUUGGUUUUUGAAUCCGUUCACUUGUAAAUACGAAAACGAAGCGAAAGAAACGCAUUUAUAA